GAGACUCCUCAGGUAGGGAGGAGAGAAGUGAGCGGCCAGGUGAAGGCUACUGUACUAGAACAAAAGUGUAAUAGGACUCAGCGCGGCUUUAAUCCGCGUACAGCCUACAGUUUUCAUGAUGGUUUUGACGCAAGAAUCCGUCCUCUUUUUGCUGAUAGCGGAGGGGGGCAAAGUGAAGAAAUCCGACUUAGUGGGUAAGUUCAAAGGUUCAAUAGACUGCGACAAUCCCGCAGAGAAAGAACGGAACAAGGAGCUUUUCAAGACUUUUGUCAACAACGUCGCCACCGUCAGAGAAAUCGACGGUGUCCGGUAUGUUGUAGUCAAGAAAAUGUAUCAGCAUUUGCUGGACCGUGCCCAGACUGCGGAGAGCCGUGUGGACAAGACUGAAAAUAAAGAGAUCCCGCAGACAGGUGAGCAGCAGCGCCCACCUGCGCGGAGUGAGAAAACUAAAAGCUCUGACGAUGCAGGAGGGGAGAGAUCAGCUGUUUCUGAACCUGAUCGAGACCUGGCAAGUGGUGAAAGUAGUGAAAAUCCUACGGAAUUGCUUUCUCCUAUACAGCUGGCAUUGCAAAGGAGCAAAUAUACGGAUGUUAGAGUUAAAAGGAUGCUGAAUUUUGAGAUCCAAAGGCAGGACACAAAUGGAGAUAAUUGCCCAAGAAGGGGUGCAGCAAAUGAGCCAGCCAGCAUCCAGAGCAAACCAUAUGGCUUACCUCUGAGAGUGCCACCCAGCGUCACCAGGGUUGAGAUCCACAAACUGAAAGUGCACCCAGAUGACCCCCCUGAAAGCGCAAAGCUAGAUGCCUUCAGGAACAAGAGAAGGCCCCCUGCAGUGGAGACAGGCGGCAGCCUCAGCUCACCCCAGCUGAGGAGGACAUUGAAGAGCACCAAGGCGUCAGAAGAGCCCAAAGAGACAAGGUUCCCCUCAUUGUUUCCCCAGGAGCAGUCAGAGCAUGAAUGGCUAGUCAGUUGUGCCGCCGGCCACUGGAGCCUGGUUUACGGCCUGCUGCUGAGAGACAACCAGCUGGCCAAGAAGAGGGACUUUGUGUCAGGGUUCACCGCUCUGCACUGGGCAGCCAAAUGUGGAAACAGCAACAUGCUUGUGAAGAUUAUCGACCUAUCCAAGCAAGGAGGAGUUGACAUUGACAUCAAUGCAAAAACACAUGGCGGAUACACUCCUUUGCAUAUUGCCGCCUUGCACAACCAAGAGUACAUCAUGGCCAUGCUGGUGGGGGAGUACGGGGCCGAUCCAAGCAUCAGGGACAACUGCGGGAAGAAGGCCCGCCACUAUCUGCACAAAGGCAUUUCUGGGACGGUGAGAGAGAUGCUGGGCGAACCCAAAGCCCAGCAGGCUCAGGACAGGGCCCUGCAUGAGAAAGAAGAGCUGGACCUGUUACCGGAUCUCUCCAAGGGCCUGCAUUCAAUAAGCCGUCUCUUCCAGCCCCACGUGACAGGCAACAAGAAGAAGCAGAAGCAGAGGCCAGGAUUUUACUCCCUGAGCGAUGAUCCCAGCGAGGAACGAGAAGACUGCAGCGGCGGCUUCAGACACAGAGUCGUGUCAGAUGUUUUAUUGUAAACUCAGAACUCUUUCUUGUCUUAUUUUCAUGAGGAAUAGUAUGCCAACAUAAGAGAAUUUGACUGGCAUUCCUCUGAUUUUCUGGUCCUUCUUCAACAAUGUCAAAAACUCAGUGACUCCUUACUUGUUUUUAUGUUUUAUUUAUAUUUUCUGAUUUUGCAGAUGACAAAUGAUGAAAUGCUUAUCAGAUAUGAUAUGCAGAGUUUGGUUGUGUGGUCAAUGGGAUACUUAAUCAAAAUUUAAAUUGAUGAUGGCAUCAGGGGACACCUUCUGGAGCUGGUUGAUUGAUUCUGAGUUAGAGACAAAGAGUUUUAGUUUGAGAUGUUACCUGUAUGAGUUGUAUCUCAAGGUGGCAUUUACAGGUUUAAAUAAAACCUGAUUCAGAAAAUAUUCCAGGAGGUCAUGUGAGUCGUCUUAUUACUCACUGUCUGUGGUCUCCUGAAGGCAUCAUCUCUUCAGCCUGACUUUCUGCAGGAGAGGCUCACACUCAGAAAUGAAAACUGAGCUUAACAAUUUUACAGAAAUAAUGUUUAUUUUGUGUUGAAUUUCCACGUGUUUAAUGACUGAUUGAUAUGAAUUUCCUGUUUUUCGAAAUUAAGAAUCAUUUUUAUUUUCCAUUGCAUUUAGCACUUAAACCAGUAAUGUAGCUGCAAAAAAAUUGAGGUUACUAAUUUCAUUUUUGUCAUCGAGCUUCCACUGCCUGUAAAGUUGUGCCAUAUAUUCCCAUUUAUUGUGAUUUUUGAAUGAACUGCACUCCAUAACAUAAGGAAUAAAUCAGACUUAUUGUCACAUUGUU